CGCAGCGCCACUCGCAGACUAGGGCCGCAGCCGGUCGGUGCCUCUACUCGGCGUUUCUUUGCAGUCGGAGUGUCGUGUAGUCAAUACGUCGGUAGCUCCGUCGCGCAAGCAAGAGUCAGACAAGGAAGAACAUCCACAUCGGUGAUGGUGUGAGUGGACCGAGAGGAAAACGCAUCAUCCAGUGAAUUCCGAAUUAAUGGUCAAGAUGUCGAUGGUCGGCGGCAAGCGACAGCACUGCUACCUGUGCGACCUGCCCCGCAUGCCAUGGGCCAUGCUGCACGAUUUCAGCGAGGCGGUUUGCCGGGGCUGCGUCAACUACGAGGGCGCGGACCGCAUCGAGUGCGUGCUGGACACGGCGCGCCAGAUGAAGCGGGCCCAGGGCUUCCAGGAGCAAGCGUCGAGCGGCGGCCGCGAGAUGCGGCCGCAGCCGUCGGCCUCUGCCGGGCCGCCCCACGCGGCCUCUGAGCGGCAGGCGGCCAAGCACAGACACGAGGCGGCCGCCAACGGCGUCAUGGAGCAGCCGGUGAUGCUGAAUCCGCCGCCACACAGCAUGGCCCGGCCGCCGCCGCACGCGUACGCCCAGUUGCACCACGAGAGCGGCCGCGGCCGCUCGGCCGAGUACCCCGGCGGCCCGUCGCUGCCGCCGCCGCGCACAGAUCACGAGGCCAGCAGAGUGGGCAUCCCGUCGCAGGUGCGGCUGCCCCAGGCGCACAUGACGGCGGCCGUGGCCGCCGCCGCGGCCGCCGCGCACAUGCAACAGCAGCAGCAGCAGCCGCUCAACGGUGGCCGCCCGAUGACGGCCGUGAAGAGGCCACCCACGGACGACGACGACCACCACCACGGCGCCAACGGCGCCGAGGUGCUCGGCCCCGUGCACAAGCGUCUGCUCAUCGAGGAGCACACCCGGCCGCCCCUGCAGAGGGGUGAGUCCCUGCCGGCCGUCAGCCUGGCCGUACCCUACAUCGAACGCAACUACAAGCAGGACAAGCACCCCGUCAGGGCGCCUUCCUUCGACACGGCAACAUCCUUCAAAUCGAGCUAUCCACAAGGAGUGCCGGUGGCCAACUCUCCGCUGAGCGGCCGCACCACAUCUCCUCCUCAGGGACCAGCCCAGGGCUCGAGCGGAACCUCAGCUUCCGCAGCGGCCGCCGCCGCAGCGUCAGCCCAGCAAGCGGCACAGCAGCCACCAACAAGCCAGCCGCAGCAGCAAACGCAGAAUGGUCCCUCUCCGAUGGCCGCCCUCAUGUCCGUGGCCGACAACCUGCCGCCAGGUUCGCCCAGAUCGGGGGCCAGUCCCCCGACAGGACCGCGAUCUGCCUCCAGGGGCUCGCAACACUCGCCAAACUCAUCAGCCGGCUCCUCUAGCGGUCGGCGGUCAUCUGGCUCGAGGCAUGUGAGUUCCACAACCGCCACCCCCACGGACGGGGCCACUGACCCCAACGCUCCAGCGAUGCCCGCCGCCCCCGCGGGCCCUGACGCGGCCGCCACGGCUGCCAGCGGUGCCACCCUCAAGUGCACAAUCUGCAAUGAGCGACUGGAGGACACGCACUUUGUGCAGUGCCCCUCGCAACCUCACCACAAAUUCUGCUUCCCGUGCUCUCGGGACAGCAUCAAGCGCCAAGGAGCGGGAUCAGAGGUUUACUGCCCAAGUGGUGAAAAGUGCCCUCUGGCAAACUCGAACGUGCCCUGGGCGUUCAUGCAGGGUGAGAUCAACACCAUUCUCGGCAACAACGACGAAUUAAGGGUGAAGAAGGAACGCGAGUCUUAAGCCUCGAGCUGCGCAACGUGGAUCUAUCAAACUUGUAAAUUUGUCCUAGCGGGGACACGUAGCAGAGCGGCCAUGGCGCUCGUUGACUUAUACGUUUGUCUGCCGCGCGGCGUUAAAGUUGUUGGAUGUCUCCAGAGUGUCCUCGGCACAAAAUUUCCGGGGCCAGGUGAAGGAGACGGUUGCUUUGCAAAACGAAAUACGAUUUGGGGCGUGUUGAACUUUUCCCCAAGAAGCUUUGAUUUUUAUAAGAUUACUUUUUGUCAUCCUUUAUGGUACAAACAGCCACUUUUCAAACAAACUUUGUCCUUUAAUUUUUUGUGUAAGGUUAUUGUGACCACAGUACGGUUACAGAACACGUUCUAAUGUUUUUGUACUUGUUAGCUAUCCUCGGGAAUAGCGAGAAAAAGAAAUAAGCGAAUUGCAAAAUCAGUCACAGAAAGCAUGUGAAACACGUUUAAAUAGACUGACUUUUCUAAAUGUAUUCGAUUGGUGUUGAAGCGACUCUCGCAACUUUGUGUGUCAAGCUGAGAACAUUUCAGGCCUUUUCAGACGAAAGUCGUGUUUAUACAUAGCUGACUGAGUGAGAAUGAGUGCGGAGAAGGUUGCUUCUGUGAAUGUAACGAGGAGGAGCCCUUUUGUGGAAAGGGACCUCCUCCCCCUGUUUUGUAAAUACACACCCAGAAAAAGAGAUCAGAAUUGUACCAUAAUAAAGAGGCAAAAUCGCCUCACCCUAAUCCUUUGUCGACUCGUUACUGCCCGGACCGAGGCGUUAGGCGAUUUUGCUGGACAGUUUAAGCAGACAAUUAUAUUUAAAAGAAAAGAGAAGGCGGUAAAUCAGAUAUAGUUUUUCAAAAGAAGAGACAUUUCCCUCUUUUUUGAAGCUAGUCAUGCCAGGAGAGGCCGAAGCUCUCUCCUAGAAAGGAACUCCGAAACUCGCUGGUGUGUUUAUCCUAAGUAGAAAAAAUCAUUGAGAGAAUUGAUUAAUUAAGCAUUGUAUAAUAAUUAAUUAGUGACAUUAGUAUGUAAAAACAUACAGAAUGAAAAUAGGAACGAAGUGAAUGAAAUCAUUAGUGGAUCAAUCUGAAAUUCCAGAUCAUUUUAAUUUCCCUUUCAUCAGACGGCGCGAAUGAUAAUUAGUUUGUUCGCUCCAUCCACGUCACCUUGCCAUUUUGUUUGGUGCCAUUGAUUUGAAUUCGCACGUUUUGUCUUGUUCAAGUGUCGAUUGGCCUACAAUUUAGCAGAGGAGCUCACUGCGACUGCAAUUUUUGGUGUGCAUUUGAUCCGAGGACUCAUAGUCCGUCACCGGUUAUUUUUUCUAGAGGUUCUAAUCCCGCAGUUUUUGUACAGAGAUUGAUGGAAAUGAAAAAUUCUUGCAAUCAACAUGAAUAAAGAUGGUUACACACAGUAUUCUGUA